AUGGAGUGGGUCUCGCUCAACAUCUGGAUGCGUAAGGAUGGUUCGAUCAGAAGUCUCAAGGGUUUCGAUGAAUACAAGGGUUCAAAUGGCGGAUUACCAAGAGCUACUAAAAGUGUGUAUCCUUCCGGGGAUAUGGCAUCAUUUGGGGAGUGCAGCAAGUAUUGGAAGACAUGGGACGGUUUAUUGGAGGUUUUCCUCUCCCGAGGGGUGGAGUAUUAUAUAGCGGUUCCUGGAGUAGAUGCGGUAGCUGAAGGAAAUUCAGAGCAAGGAACAAUGGUUCGAUGGUCCAGAUCUAACACUCGGGAUCCAUUCCUCGAGAGCGGGAUCAUCAUUGGUGUUAAGGAUGCAGAUUGUCUAUUCUGUUUCGGUGAUAGACAGAGAGCAAAGACGAUGACCCUCCAGUGGUUAGUACUGACUACACAAUACAUAGACAAUGGAUUUGCAAGCUGUUGGAACCAUUUUGAAAUUAGUAGGCAGAGUUGGGAAAUGGAGUUUUGUAAGGUUUCGUGCUUAUUCUGCUAUGGAGGUUCUGUUGAUGGAAUGAGAGUUAUGUGGAACCCUCUGUCGGAAUCACGGGUGUUUAAGAUUGUACUGGUGUUCAAAUGGAUGAUUAGGAUUAUGGCUAUCAAUUGCGAUUCAGAAAUAUCACAUCUUUCAAUCAAUGAUGGAUCUCAUAUGGACAUAGUCGGUGGGAGUGAUAAAGCACAUACUAUACUUUGUUUUAUCUCCACAACUCUCUUACAAUUGUUUACUGCUCUGUGUAAUACAAUAUUCACAAUGUCUCAAGGAAGUCUAAUGGCGUCUGAUGGGUGCAAUAAGAGCAAGGACAAGCUUGCAACACGGUUAAAGAUUACAGUUCUACAAUUCGACAACACAAAACUCAUUAAUGCAUACUCCCGCACUCUCAUUGGGCGCUGUAUGAAUCCUGUGGCGCAGGAGAUGAAGUCCUUAUUGUUCAUGCUACCUAGAAUCUGGAAGGUGGAGGACCGUGUUGCUGGGGCAGAUCUAGGCAUGGGGCGGUUUCAAUUCGAUUUUGAUGAGGAGGAAGACAUUACAGUGGUACUGCAAAUGGAACCAUACCAUUUCAAUGGCUGGAUGGUUGUGUUGGUACGAUGGGAACCAAUUAUGGAUCCCAAUUAUCCCUCGGCUCUUACCUUUUGGGUUCACAUGAUGGGGGUCCCCUUGCAUUUCUGGGCAGAGACGACGUUCAUAAGCAUAGGUCGUGAGGUUGAUCUGGAUGGUGGUCGAGUUCAGAUUACUCUGGACGGUUUCAAAGAGCUCGUCUUUGAGACGUUAGUGGCAUUUCACUAG